GAUAAAAAUUCACUUUUAAAAUCAGUCGCAAUCCCUCAUCGAGUCGCAUUUCGAAGCCAAAAAUCGCAUCAAAUUGACAUUCUCCGUUGCCAUACCGCAAAUCGUAAGCAUGAAAAGCUGUUUCUAAGCCAGUUACUCGCGUUGUUACAUCAUGAAUCAAGACGACAUAAUUUACAUUCUCUUGCUGGUCUCGUCGAUUGUGUUCGGGAACUUUUAUCGGACCUUCGAUGCACGUCGUCGCAAGUACGUGGGCUUCGUCGUGGGACUCCUGAUCUCCAGCGUAGUCUCGAAAUACCACACAAUUCACUUGAUUUUCUCCGUUUGCCUCAAUUCUUGCCUCAUUUUGUACACAAAUCGACGAAUUUGUCAAAUUUUGAGCUUUUUCUUCAUGUUCGGCUAUUUGAUCUUCGUGCGGAUGUUCGUUCGGGUUUCGGGUCCUUGCAACAUGAUUCAGAUGAUUUUGACGCUGCGAUGCGUUGGGCUGUCGUUCGAAGUGAAUCAAGCGGCACAAAAACAGGACAAUCGUUCGAGUUACGAAAAGGAAUUGCUUCAUUUGUCAUUUUUCGACGUGCUUUGUUACGGAUUCAACUUUAUUGGGCUUCUCACGGGCCCCUAUUACUCUUACAAGACGUAUCUCGACUACUUUCGCUUCAGUUUCGGGCAAUAUGCGAACUGCACAAAGGCAACAAUUGAAAAAUUCAUCGGAGUUCCGUUUUAUGUCGUCAUUUAUUUGCUCGCCGAAUACAUUUGGCCUCUGAAUUACGCGAAAUCUGAUGAAUUUUACGAAGAACGCUCCGUUUUGUAUCGCUUGUGGUACAUUUUUCCGACUUUUUUGAUAUUUCGCAUGCGAAUGUACGCGGGAUUGACGCUGAGUGAGUGCGUUUGUACGAUCACGGGCAUGGGAGCUUAUCCGACAGUAGCAAAUAACAAAACGGGAGCCGGUCCGGAGUUGGAAGGAUAUGAAAGUUUGAAUGUAGCGCCCGAGAAACACGAAUAUGACUUUGAGACGGUGCGAAAUAUGGAUGUCAUGGGCACAGAAACUUGCGUGACGUUCCGGGAAGGCAUGAAAACGUGGAAUAAAUGUGUGCAGUAUUGGCUUGCGGUUGUUGUUUAUAAGAGAUUUCCGAGCAAGCAGUUUAGAACGUUGGCUACUUUGGCGACGUCGGCAGUUUGGCACGGCAUUCAUCCCGGCUACUAUUUCUGCAUCUGCGGCGCCCCCUUCUACAUGCCCGUGGAAGAUCUUUGGAACAAACUCGUGCGAAAAGACGCCACGGGCCCGCUGCGACAAUUUCUCGAUGCCAUUUUCACGCUCAACAAAUGGUUUGCCUUCUCGUACAUGGGCACGGCAUUCCUCCUGCUUUCCAUCGACAAAAUUUGGAAAUUCUACUCGUCAGUUUAUCACAUUCCCUACAUCUUAUGGGCAACAUUGUACUUGAUCGGCAUGGGACUUAAUAUGACAAAAAAGUCAACAAAAGCCAAAGAAGGUUAAUUUUAGCACAAAAAAUCGAACGAACGCUCUAAAAAUAAAUUAAAUUACCAUUAGAUUGUAAGAGAGACAAAGAAAAAAAAAGUUAUAUUAGUAAUUUAUGCAUAGAGACAACUUUUUUUAUUAGUUAAAUAUUUAAGACCCUCUUUCCCUAACUAACUUCGCAUAAAUAUUUUUCAGAUUAAAAAAUGAAUGAACUAACACACUUUUU